ACCAAGAUGUUAAAAAAAAAAAAAAAAAAAAAAAAAGAAAAAGAGAAAAGGAACUAGCUUAACGAUACGUCGGGAUUUCCGUUAGUUAAACAAUUACAAUACCUCGAUAGGAAUCGCAACGAGACAAAAUUCGAAACAAGACGAAUAACCAUAGAUGACCGAUAUGAAAUUAUGGGUGAUUGGAAAAAACAGCUUGAUCGUCCUCACGAUCUUCACGAUCGCUCUGUACGUUCUGUCUUUCUGCUUCAACGGGAGCGACGACGAUCUCUUACGCUUCGGGGGAGUCUUUGACCAGGAUCUACGAUUCGUCAAUACGACGAAGAAAAUCCUAUAUUGGACCAAGAUGUUCAGCAGCGAGACAUUUUACAUGGGCACAGGCUACAUCGCCCGCGAUUGCCCCGUGAACGAUUGUUACGCGACUAACAACAGACAUAUGGUGAAUCCGACAGACUUCGACGUUGUUUUGUUUCAUGGGAACGAUCUUAAUCUGGAAGACUUGCCGAAGAACCGGAGUCCACGGCAGUGGUACGUUUUCGUGAAUUUGGAAAGCCCGGCUAACAGGCCGGUGACUAACUACUUUUACGAGGAUUUCUUUAACAUCACGAUGACAUACAGAUUGGACAGCGAUAUCGUGUGGACUUAUGCAGUCGUUAAGGACGCUCGUACCAACGUAAAUGUAGCGCCUAGCAGAAAUGUGAAUUGGAGCGCCUUUUACGCUGGAUCAGGUAACCGAACGAUCGCCUACGAUGUGGACGCGUCGUUGUCGAAGACGAUUCGAGGCAAGACGAAGCCGAUAAUCUGGUUCGUGAGCAACUGCGUGGCAAAAAGCGGCCGGGAAGAGUACGUGAACGAACUGUCCAAGCACAUACCGGUCGACGUUUAUGGAAAAUGCGGCAACAUGUUUUGUCCCCGUAACGAGGAUUGCUUCGCACGAGUCGCGGAACCUGGCUAUUUUUUUUACCUGUCAUUCGAGAAUUCGUUGUGCGACGAUUACGUAACCGAGAAGCUGUACAAUAGCCUCAGAUACAACGUGGUUCCCAUCGUUUAUGGUGGCGCCAAUUACAGCCGCUAUGCUCCACCACGAUCUUACAUAGACGUGUUCGACUUUGACACGCCAAAGAGUUUGGCCGAAUAUCUAAAGGAGCUAAUCAAAAAUCCGCGAAAAUACAGCGAGUACUUUGCUUGGAAAACGUAUUACAAGAUCGAGGAUGGUAUUCAACAAGGUGUAUGCAAUCUUUGCGAGUUUCUUCAUAAGCAGAAACAGCCACGAACGCAAAGCUUUUUGUCUGAUUGGUUCAGCCGAUCGAAAUGUCACCUCCAGGAAUUUUUACGUGAUCGCAGUUACCUUACAGGGUCUAUUUUCAAAGACUGAUUUAGCGCACAUUUCUCACAUAUCACCGUGCAAAUUUAACUUAUCGUAAAAUACGUUUAGUUUACGACUGUCGAAUUUAUUUAAGCAUUAAGAUUUUAUCAGGGUUAUAUACAUUAUAUACAGACUCGCAAAAGCGAUUUUAACGCUUGCCAUGGAGAACUUUAAUGUCCACAGACAUAUAUAUUUUUAUUGGUUUCCUUAUCAACGUCCCACUUCUAUACACAUCUUAAAUACGAUAUAGAAAAACCAUAUUACAUGUCUCACAUUAAACAUUUUCAAUUAUUUCUCUAAUAAGACACGACUAUCGCGAUUACAUCGAAACUGCACUUACGUUUAUUGAAAAUACACAUUUACGAUUAGUAAAAGAUCAGUACACGGCGUGAAUAGUCGUCUAAAACGUGUAGUUAGAGGUAAAGAGAUGAUUUCUGUAAAUGUCGUGUCUUACUAGUAUAACGAACAAUUUAACAUUUCUGCGAUAUUUGAAAAGUGUAUGCGACUACAAUAAAUAUCUUGUAAUUUUUAUACACAUUGCGGGAUUUGUUGCAAACUUUACCAGCAUAUCACGAUAGUCGAACCACGCAACACCGUUAACGAAAUUUUCUAAUGUUUCGCGUAAUACGAUAUAUCCGUGAAAGAUGUGUGAACGUGUUCGAGUACUUUCGAAAACUUGUACAAAUGGAACGAAUUGUUAGAUUUGUAUUAUAAUUAGCGCAGUGUGAAUGAUAUCGAAAUAUGUAAAAUAUCGAUGAACGGUUUAUGCCAUCAGAGCGAAAUUCGUAAAAAAUUGGAAUCUCGACUUUCGAUUAAUUAAAACGAAAUCGAUAAACGACAAGACACGGAUCCGGUUCUAUGUUAGAUACGCGUUAGUCGCGUAAAUGAAUCCGAACCAAUCUAUUUCAAACGCAGUUAUCUAUCUGCGUCAUUCAGCAUUAUUCGUAAUGUAGCAUAAUUAGAAUGUUUCAUUCGUAAUUUAAAGAAUUAACGCGAAGCUCGAAUCUACCGUUAUAUUACUUGCCAUAAAUAUUCGCCGAUCGAAUCGGUAUACAAGUGCUCCGAAGAUCGAUGAUUUUCAUAAUUUAUUUCGCUGCACUGGUCUACCUUCGAUUCCGAGUUCACUGAAGUGGCAAUUAAACGAUUGAACGUUUUGCCGUUUUAAAAUGAAGAGUUUAUUAUUUUUCAAACAUUCUUUAACCUGCGAAACCGACAGCGAGAAAAAUUGUAAUUAAUUAAUUUGAAAUUUAUAACCAUCUAUGAGCAUUCUCAGGCUGGAAACGAUGUAUUUUCAAGUGAUUCGUAAAAACGAUGUACCGUUCGAUUCGCGGUGUUCGUUUAGAAUCACUUAUCAGGCGACGAACUAUUUUUAGCAAACCAUUCAUACAACACCUAUAAGAUAAAGCCUGAUUUUAACGAACAAUAAAACCGUUCGUAUUACGUCAUGAAAAAUCGACAAUGUCAUUUUAAAAUUCAAUGCACCAGUUCCGCUUCGUCGUUUUUACAACGAGCGAUAUUCGAUCAAUUUUCUCUUACGCAACAUUUGUCCGACAUUGUUUAACAUUUAACGUUCGAAGAAUUCUACGAUCGUGUCGCGAUUCGAGAGAAUAUCGAUAUUAAUUACACCUGUCGUAUUAUUAAUAUUUAUUAAAAAUACUAGUAGUAUUAUUUGUAUUAUAUUUAUACGAUAUUCUGUCCUCUAAUUUAUUCAGAUUCUUGAGUACGCGUGACACGUUCAAAGCAACUAUCCGACUGAGUUUGUCAUUUCUAGGUCAUGAGUCGAGUAAGGCCCAGUAUCCGCCCACGACGCGUAGUUUAUGUAUAAGUCGACGAUAAGUUCACGACAGUGUUCGCACUACAAAGCGUACAAGCUUCGUCUCGUCGUUAAAAUGUCGAGCGACGAGGAAAACGCGUUCAUCCUAUAUCGCUACAUUCGUUCGUACUUGCAACGUACGCCUCGCUACUGACAAUGUUAACGCCAGUCGUCACGACGAAAACGCGCAGCGACGAAAACGGCUCAUUACUGUUUCGUGGACAGUUGCAUAUUACCGUGGGCAUCUGUGCAUCUGUAGUAUUACUCUAUCUAUCGUUAACAUCGACGCGUCUAAUACGCGCUUCGCAAAAGCUUCGUAAAUGUAAAAAGCUUCGCGGACAGAGGACCUACCUGUACAUUAUUUUGUGUAUGUUAUUACUUGUUUGUACGGAAACAAAGGACUGGUCAUCGAGAAAUGAAAUACUUUCGUAGAUUCGUUCGUACGAUCCACGACGACCGAUGGACCUCGUAAAAGCAUUCUCGCGUCCAUUAUCAAGAAAACGAGACAAUGGCUCGUUCGAGCGAAGAGAAACGCGGAUAAGACUUCUCCGUUUUGUCGUAUCCUGUCAGUACGUUUUAAUUGAAGCUCGCGCUAUUUCCUGGAAAGUUUCAGUCGCCAAAGUCGCCAAUGUCGCGUGUCUUCGCUACACUGCCUCGUAAACAACGUCUGUCUUCGAGAUUCUCGGUACUGGUAACGGUAUUCUUUCACAAUUUCUUCGACGACGGUCUUGCAGAAAUUUCAGACCGUUGGGUUGGUCGGUCUGAAAAGAUUUGUAAGACGACGUUCGAAUCGCCGAACGAAGAAGUUCGCGCGAAUGGAUGCGAAACACUUUGACGAAACGAUUUGAAUCGCGUCGAAAUUGUCGUUAGCUCGAUUCAUAGAUUCUUUGUAAACAAGUACGGUCUGUUGAUUAAUUAUGAGCUGGCUGAAGAUUCGUUUUGAAUAUAUUGUUGAAAGUACCGUUGAAGUUGCAACGUUUUUCACGGUAUCCUUUGGAAAAAUCGUUCGUAAAGCCGCAGUUUGAAAAGCAGAAACAUUUGAUCCUCUCUACGUUCCUCUAUCGCGUUAAUUUCGGCCUGAUAAUUUAUUUCGUAAUAACAUUAAUUACGAUGUUUGAAAUUCGACGCGAACACGGAACAGCUUGCUAGAAUUUUAUAUCGUAACGCCUGUCGGCUAUUCAAGUGUAAAUUUCUGUCAGCGAUGUAUAAAUUUAAUCGAGUAUUCGUAUAAUUUACAUAUCAUUGACCGACUAUUGUAAGAAAAUAAAGGGGUCUCCGAUCUUAUGUAUGUCUUUCCUGUAACGCCAAAGGUGAUUCUACUUUUGUAAGCAAAAUAGUAGAAUAAAGAAUAUAUUAUCGACGAA